UGACUCUGAGGUUGGAGAAUCAAAUCAAAGUACAACUCGUCUUUCUUCAAUCAAAGUACAACUCUUCUUGUCUUCAAUCUAAUCCUACUCGAUAGUCGAUACUGUCCGAAAAGUAGCCCUUAUGGUGACAUCACCUCUCACAGAAUUCCAAACUUAUCCCACUUUCUCUCUGUUCAAUCUUUCCAAUAUUUAAUCGUCUUCCCCCGCCAUACACACUCAACUUUCCAUUUUUAAAACCCAACAAACGUGAACAUUAAACAAAGAAAGAAACCCACAAAUAUUAAAUCAUUUAGUCUUCUCAAUCGAUAAUCCUCAUGGGGUCUUUGAAGAACGAAGAGAAGAUUGAGUUAAUGGGCGAGGAGUGGACCGAAGAGGCGAUCUUGUACGUUAAUGGCGUCCGUAAAGUGUUGCCUGAUGGCUUGGCUCACUUGACUCUUAUUGAAUAUCUCAGAGAUAUCGGUCUGACGGGGACAAAACUUGGCUGCGGUGAAGGUGGUUGUGGGGCUUGCACUGUCAUGGUUUCUCAUUAUGAUAAAAAAUCGAAGAAAUGUGUGCAUUAUGCUGUCAAUGCAUGUUUGGCUCCUCUGUACUCUGUAGAAGGGAUGCAUGUGAUUACGGUGGAGGGAGUUGGAAAUCGCAAACAUGGCUUGCACCCAAUUCAAGAAUCAUUUGCACGUGCUCAUGGGUCCCAAUGUGGAUUUUGCACUCCUGGUUUUAUCAUGUCAAUGUAUGCAUUAUUGAGGUCAAGUCAGACAGCGCCUACUGAAGAGCAAAUUGAAGAAUGCCUUGCUGGAAAUUUGUGUCGCUGCACAGGUUACAGACCAAUUGUUGAUGCAUUUCGGGUUUUCUCUAAAACUAAUGAUGCAGUGUACACAAAUAUGUCUUCACUAAGUCUUAAAGAGGGAGAAUUUGUUUGCCCUUCAACUGGUAAACCCUGUUCAUGUCGACCAGAAAUUGGAAGCAAUGUGCACCCCUGUAAAGAAGGUGUGGCUUGUGGCAGGACUUAUGAACCUGUCUCAUACAGUGAGAUAGAUGGGAGCACAUAUACUGAAAAAGAGCUUAUUUUUCCUCCAGAUCUGUUGUUGAGAAAAUUAAAUCCUUUGAAAUUAAGUGGAUUUGGAGGGCUCAAGUGGUAUCGACCCUUAGAACUUCAACAUUUGCUUGAGUUAAAGCUAAAAUACCCAGAUGCAAAGUUAUUGGUUGGUAAUUCUGAGGUUGGGAUUGAAAUGAGGUUGAAGAGAAUGCAGUAUCAGGUUUUGAUCUCUGUUACACAUGUACCAGAACUCAAUGUACUGAGUGUCAAGGAUGAUGGGUUAGAGAUAGGUGCUGCUGUAAGACUGACUGAACUCUUGAAAACUUUUAGAAAGCUUGUAAAUGAGCGUCCAGCAGAUGAAACAUCAUCAUGCAAAGCUUUUAUUGAGCAAUUGAAAUGGUUUGCUGGCACUCAGAUUAAGAAUGUUGCAUCUGUUGGAGGGAAUAUCUGUACAGCCAGUCCAAUUUCAGACUUGAACCCUCUCUGGAUGGCUUCAAGAGCGAAAUUUCAAAUCAUUGACAGCAAAGGGAACAUUAGAAUGGCCUUGGCUGAAGAUUUUUUCCUGGGUUAUCGAAAGGUGAAUAUGGCAAGUGAUGAAAUAUUACUAUCCAUAUUCUUACCUUGGACUAGGCGUUUUGAGUUUGUUAAAGAAUUUAAGCAGGCACAUCGAAGGGAGGAUGAUAUUGCAAUUGUAAAUGCUGGAAUGCGUGUCUAUCUUGAGGAAAAAGGAGUAGAAUUGAUUGUUUUGGAUGCAUCAAUCGCUUAUGGUGGGGUUGCUCCUCUAUCUAUCUCUGCAUCGAAGACAAAAGAAUUUAUCAUAGGCAAGAAUUGGACGCAUGAGCUGUUGCAAAGUGCUUUGAAAAUCUUACAAACAGAUAUUGUGAUCAAAGAAGAUGCUCCUGGUGGGAUGGUGGAGUUUCGGAGAUCUUUAACUCUUAGUUUCUUCUUUAAAUUUUUCCUAUGGGUCUCUCAUCAAAUGGAUGGGAAUAAAUCUGUUAGGGAAAGCGUUCCAUCAACUCAUUUGUCAGCUGUACAACCAUUUCACCGACCAUCUGUUAUAGGAAGUCAGGACUAUGAUAUUAUAAAACAUGGAACAUCUGUGGGCUCUCCUGAGGUUCAUCUCUCAGCGAAACUUCAGGUUACGGGGGAGGCAGAAUAUACUGAUGACACACCAAUGCCUUCUCAUGGUUUGCAUGCUGCGUUAGUAAUGAGCAGAAAACCUCAUGCCCGAAUACUUUCAAUAGAUGAUUCAGGAGCCAGGUCCUCACCUGGGUUUGUGGGCAUAUAUUUUUCUGAGGAUGUGCCAGGUGAUAAUACUAUUGGACCAGUUGUUUACGACGAGGAGCUAUUUGCUUCAGAAGUUGUCACUUGUGUGGGUCAGGUUAUAGGAGUGGUUGUUGCUGAUACGCAUGAGAAUGCAAAACUAGCAGCAAGAAGUGUUCAUAUUGAGUAUGAAGAGCUUCCAGCAAUAUUAUCGAUACGAGAUGCCAUCGAAGCUAAAAGUUUCCAUCCUAACACAGAGAAACGUUUGAACAAAGGGGAUGUAGAUAUUUGUUUUCAGUCAGGUCAAUGUGACAUAAUUAUUGAAGGAGAAGUUCAUAUGGGUGGCCAAGAGCACUUUUACUUGGAGCCACAUAGCAGUUUUGUUUGGACACUGGAUGGUGGAAAUGAAGUGCACAUGAUUUCGUCAACUCAAGCCCCUCAGAAACAUCAGAAGUAUGUUGCUCAUGUUUUAGGUCUUCCAAUGUCAAAAGUGGUAUGUAAAACAAAAAGAAUUGGUGGCGGAUUUGGGGGAAAGGAGACAAGAUCAGCUUUAUUUGCUGCUGUAGCUUCUGUCCCUUCAUAUUUGUUGAAUCGACCAGUGAAAAUCACUUUAGACAGAGAUAUAGACAUGAUGAUAUCUGGGCAACGACAUAGCUUUCUUGGAAAGUACAAGGUUGGAUUUACGAAUGAGGGCAAAGUGAUGGCAUUGGAUCUUGAAAUCUACAAUAAUGCUGGAAAUUCACUUGACUUAUCUCUUGCUAUCCUUGAACGGGCUAUGUUUCACUCGCACAAUGUCUAUGAGAUACCAAACGUUCGAAUUCUGGGAAGGGUUUGCUUCACUAAUUAUCCUAGCCACACUGCAUUCCGUGGAUUUGGGGGUCCCCAAGGUAUGCUAAUUGCUGAAAAUUGGAUUCAAAGAAUUGCCGUAGAACUUGGGAAAAGCCCAGAGGAGAUCAGGGAAAUUAAUUUUCAAGGUGAAGGAUCAAUAACACAUUAUGGUCAAAAACUUGAAUUCUGUACACUGGCCCCACUAUGGAAUGAACUGAAAGUAUCCUGUGAUUUUUUGAAUGCUCGCAAAGAAGCUGAGAUAUUCAAUCUGAACAAUCGGUGGAAGAAACGUGGUGUUGCUAUGGUCCCAACAAAAUUUGGCAUAUCCUUUACACUGAAGCUAAUGAACCAGGCAGGCGCUCUUGUUCAUGUGUACACAGAUGGUACUGUUUUGGUUACACAUGGCGGUGUUGAGAUGGGACAAGGUUUGCAUACAAAAGUUGCUCAAGUUGCUGCAUCUGCUUUCAAUAUCCCUCUCAGUUCCGUCUUCAUAUCAGAAACAAGCACCGACAAGGUUCCUAAUGCUUCCCCGACAGCAGCUUCUGCAAGUUCAGAUAUGUAUGGAGCUGCAGUUUUGGAUGCGUGUGAGCAGAUUAAAGCACGGAUGGAACCUAUUGCUUCUAAAAAUAAUUUCAGCUCUUUUGCCGAGCUGGCUAGUGCAUGUUAUGUAGAAAGAAUAGAUCUUUCUGCUCAUGGAUUUUACAUUACACCUGAGAUCGGCUUUGAUUGGAACGUUGGCAAAGGAACCCCCUUCAGGUAUUUCACCUAUGGGGCUGCAUUUGCUGAGGUUGAAAUUGAUACAUUGACUGGAGAUUUCCACACAAGGGCUGCAAAUGUUAUCUUGGAUCUCGGAUAUUCGCUGAAUCCAGCCAUUGAUGUUGGACAGAUUGAAGGAGCAUUUAUCCAAGGUUUGGGUUGGCUAGCCUUGGAGGAAAUGAAGUGGGGAGAUGCGGCGCAUAAGUGGAUUCCAUCUGGCCAUUUGUACACAUGCGGGCCUGGAAGCUACAAAAUUCCUUCUUUAAAUGAUGUUCCCUUCAAAUUCAAUGUCUCUCUUUUGAAGGGUCAUCCAAAUGUUAAGGCCAUCCAUUCCUCCAAAGCUGUUGGUGAGCCUCCAUUUUUUCUGGCUUCGUCUGUCUUCUUUGCCAUCAAAGAUGCCAUUAUGGCUGCAAGAGCCGAAACGGGGCACAGUGAAUGGUUUCCUCUUGAUAGUCCUGCGACUCCUGAAAGGAUCAGGAUGGCUUGCUUGGAUGAAUUUACCGCACCAUUUAUUAGCGAUGGUUAUCGUCCCAAACUUAGUGUCUGAUCUGCUGGCUGCUUGUAUCAAAAUGUGUAUAUCUUAAAAUUAUGAUCAGUCAGGUUACCAGCGACAACAUCUAUGAAAUAAGCUUAACAGGCAAUGAUUUUUAUGAACAAUC